AUGGUGCGUUCGUACGCGGUAAUAAUUAGUACAUUUCUUUUGACCGUCUGCGAUUUCGCGUGGACCAGACUGGCGAUCCCACGCGACGAUCGAUUCCAUUUGCGCGCGCUUCACCGUGCCUUGGACGAGGGCUACGGUGAAACAUUGGCACUUAUUCUACAGAAUUACGUCAUCGUCAACAGUACGUGGAGCAAUCCCACUUACGUCAACUAUGAUCAGAAGUUGAUCGUUGCUCUUCAAAAUCAGCUAGAGGACCAGGGUUACGAGACGAGCCUGCAUCAUGACGGUCACGGUGCGGCGUUUCCUGUGCACGGUGGUCUGAGGUUCUUCACGUACUACUGCGGGCCCGGCAACUGGUCAACCGACGGUAGCACGGUACAGAAUGCGUACUUCUCCAGGAUCGAUCAGUGUUGCAAAAGCCACGACGAGUGCCCGGAUACAAUAGUGGACCGGGGCGACUACCGACGCUACGAAGAGCUUCCUUACAAACCGCAAGUCUUCACCAAACUGCGCUGUACCUGUGACGUAGAAUUCCUGCACUGUCUCCAGAACGUAUCGACCUUCUUCUCUUACGCGGUCGCAUGGAUAUACACCAAAUUUCAGCCCCACUGCUUUGAGUACGAAUAUCCUACAAUGGACUGUGUUGCCAAAAAAAAUGACGGACUGUUCUCGGCCGAUCGCUGCCAAACGUACAUGGUUGACAAUUCCAUCAGGCGCCGUUGGCAAUGGUUCGACGUACCUUAUAUCAGCUUUAAUCAGCUCUUUUUUCCCGAGGUUGAGUACCGUUACGAGAUAGAUUGGCUAAACAUACUGUUUGCACGGGCAGCCACCAAACAGGCAAAACCGUAGCAGCACCCUCAUGAGAAACGCUGGGAAUCGUUCUGACAAAAACCAAUAUUCAU